ACUACUUUUACUAGAGUGUCAUUUUGAUAACACUUUUUAUUCAAUUGUAACUCCUUCAAAAUGCAGAGAAGACGAACGAAACUCUUCACAAAUACUCCAAUAUAUGAUCCCGUUGCUAUUGACACAAGUGAUAAAGCCACUAGAAGAGUUAUAGCACCUUACGUGAAAAUAGUGAGAAAAAGCGAAAAAGCUCAUUUGGAAAAGGAGCAAGAACAUCAAAAGUUUAACUUUUACAUUCAGAACAAACCUAGUGUUUUGCUUCAUGACUUGACAUCUUUUCUCUCUGACAGCGUUGAUUUAGUUUUACUUUUACAUGAAACAUCGGAUGUGCUCAAAUCCACUACAAAGGCGAAUGGAGACUUGGUGAAGUCUGUACUCUGCGUCCCAAUAGUAACUCCAGAUGGUGACUGUUACGCAGUUAUCGAACUUUAUAGAGACGUUACUCAAUAUCCGUUCAACAAAGAUGACCUGAGAAUAUCUAUAGUGGUGACAGGUUGGAUGGGUGCCGCGAUACAUCAAAAUCAUCUUAGGUUAACUCUACAAAAGCAGCAGGAACUGAAUGAUUAUUUGUUGGAUUUGACGAAGUGUUACUUUGCUGAAACCGUCGCCAUAGAGAAAAUGAUAACAGAAAUUGUUAAAUUCGCCAAAUCUACUUUGGGAGCAGAAAGAGGUACUUUCUUCAUUAUAGACGAAGAAAGCGACGACCUAGUAGCGGAAGUAUUUGAAGAAGGAAUUGGUGUGGACGAUAUAACAAUGCACAGGAAAAAUGUGAAAGUUCGUUUGUCGAGGGAUCGGAGCAUUGCUGGUCUAGUGGCACGGACUGGAGCAACUGUCAAUAUUAGGGAUGCCUUCAACGAUCCCAGGUUUUUUACAGAAGUAGAUGAAAAAACUGGUUUUAUUACUAGAUCAAUUCUUUGCAUGCCUAUCGUCAGUGUUGAUAACAUUUUAGGUGUCGUACAAGUUGUGAACAAAAUAAAUGGAGUCUGUUUUACGCCAUCUGACGAAAAUUUGUUCAAAACGUUCUCAGUAUAUUGCGCUCUUGCGUUACAUUAUACAAGACUGCACCAAAAAAUGUUUAAAACGGAUAAAAUUAACGAAUGCAAUUUGAAGUUGCUGCGAAUACAACUGAAACCAUGUGUACAUGAUAUGGAGAACUUCAUUCAAAAACCUGAAACUGAGGAACCGUAUAAUUUUACAGAGUUCCGAUGGUAUAUUACACCCGAAGAUGUGCCCGAAAUGCCACGUUUGGUGUUACAUAUGAUAACGCAAAUAAUAGGCACAAAAGAAAUAAAAAUGAGAAAUGUUAUGGAAUUCAUCCUAUCUGUCAGAAAGUGCUAUAGAAAUAAUCCUUACCAUAACUUCGAACAUGCAUUUAAUGUAGCUCACUGCAUGUUCAAUAUUUUAUACAGAAAUAAGAAGCAAUUCAAUAAUAUUGAGACAAAAUCACUUCUGAUAGCAGCCUUAUGUCACGAUUUGGACCAUGGAGGAUUUACGAACAACUACUUGCAACUAACAGAUGAUACUCUAGCACAGCUAUAUGAUGAAUCACCUUUAGAAAAUCAUCACUAUCGAGUGGCAAUGACGAUUCUCAGUGGGUGUCAGAUAUAUCCUUACAUAUCCAAGAAGGUAUUUGAGCAAAUUUCGAAGGAAAUGAAAGACGCCAUUUUGGCAACUGACUUGGCCAGUUAUUUCAAGUUUCGUGUUAAACUGGUGCAACUGAUUAAUGAAGAUGUUUUGGAUUUUUCAAACACCAGACAUCGAACUUUGGUGAAGGCUAUCAUGAUGACAAGCUGCGACUUAUCGGGAAACUGCAAGCCUUUCCUUGUUGCCAAAAAUAUAUGCGACAAUGUUUACAAGGAAUUCUACAAUCAAGGUGACUUAGAAAAGAAGAUGGGAUUGACUCCUCUAUCUCUGAUGGACAGAGAAAAAUCUCAAAUGGUGCCAGAGGACCAAGUCCAAUUCUUAACUGUCAUUGUGUUGCCCUGCGUGGAACUAUUGAGAAAGAUUUUUCCCAACACGAAAGAUUUGCAUGCAGAAGCUUUACUUCUAAAGGACACCUGACAGGAAAUUAUUUCCUUGAAAGGACAGAAGAGUUGGAGACAGGACGAUUCAGUUGUCGAUCAAAACGAAUGCAUAUAAAUAAAUUUAUUUGGGUAAAUACAUAACUGGCAAUAACUAUACAUAGAUAACCUACUUCAUUAUACAAAAUAAAAUCGAAACAAGACAUUUGUAGAAAAUGACAAAUAGUUUUUACAUUAUUAAAAAGGCAUUUAGCUAU